AUGCUGUUCACCAAGUCCCUCCUGGUAUUCGCGCUCUAUGUGUUUGGCACGCAGCAUGCGCUGGCUGUCCCUGUCAACCCCGAGUCUGAAGUUGCACGCUCCGUAGAUGUCUCUCUCAAAUCAGGCAGCGGUGAUACCAAAAGCGACCCGAUCAAGGCGGACUUGGAGGUCAAAGGCCAAAGUGCUCUACCAUUUGACGUCGAUUGCUGGGCCAUUCUGUGCAAGGGCGCUCCGAAUGUUCUGCAGCGCGUGAACGAGAAGACGAAAAAUAGUAAUCGCGAUCGGAGCGGUGCGAACAAAGGGCCGUUCAAAGAUCCUACGAAAUGGGGCAUCAAAGCCCUUCCACCUAAGACCCCGGCUUGGAGCACACAGGACUUCAAGUCACCCGAAGAAUACGCGUUUGCUUCUUCCCUUCAAGGUGGAACAAAUGCCAUCCUUGCACCCGUCAACCUCGCUGCUCAGAAUUCCCAAGGUGGUGUCCUAAACGGUUUCUACUCUGCGAAUAAAGUAGUGCAAUUCGAUCCUAGCAAGCCCAAGGAGACAAAGGGUACAUGGUUUCAGAUCACUAAGUUCACCGGUGCUGCUGGUCCUUACUGCAAGGCUCUGGGGAGCAACGAUAAGAGUGUUUGCGAUAAGACCAAGGAUAUCGCAGGCAGCUGGGGCUACGACCCUGCCAAAUGGGCAUAUCAGUAUGACGAGAAGAAUAACAAGUUCAACUACGUUGGUAAGUAG